CUAGUAUCAUUUUCGUUUGUGAUUUGUUAAUGGUACUGGAAGUGAUUACCGGUAUUAUUUUUCAAGGAAAAGCCAUUGGCGACAUAGGCCGUAGCUACCGCCAUGGAUCAGAUGAAAUUGAUCGCCUCUGAAAAUUAUUGAGAGAGAAAUAGAGAAAGAGAUGUGGGAAUCGAUCUGCUUAACGUUAGCGGCGACGGCUGGUAACAACAUCGGCAAAGUCCUCCAGAAAAAGGGCACCCUUAUUCUUCCCCCUCUCUCUUUCAAGUUCAAGGUGAUAAAGGCAUAUGCUUCCAACAAUACUUGGGUGAUCGGUUUUCUAAUGGAUAUAUUUGGAGCAAUGUUGAUGUUGAGGGCACUAUCUCUAGCCCCUAAAUCUGCCAAUUCCCUUGUCAGUUAUCGAAUCGAAGAUGAAGUUCCGGGCACUUCUAGAAAUACGAAUAUCAACGUUGAGUUUUUUACUGCUUCCUGCGUUGUUGUAUCUGUCAUCCAACCAGUUUCUGGUUGCGGACUUGCUAUUCUUUCCAUCUUUUCCCAUUUUUAUUUGAAGGAAGUCAUGAAUGCUAUUGAUUGGGUGGGAAUUACUUUUGCGGGUAUUGGCACAAUUGGAGUUGGUGCUGGAGGUGAGGAGCAAGAGGCAACUGCCAUAUCCAUGUUUCAUUUACCAUGGCUAGCAUUUGCAGUUGCCAUCUUGUUUGUGCUUCUUAACGGAUGGCUUCGAAUCUACAAACGACACCGAAGAGAACAGGAGAUGAUGGAAUAUGAAGUUGUUGAAGAAAUUAUAUAUGGCUUGGAAUCUGGUGUUUUGUUUGGGAUGGCAUCGGUAAUAUCAAAGAUGGGAUUUGUAUUUUUGGAGCAGGGCUUCCACAGGAUGCUGGUACCUAUAUGCAUUUCAAUCAGUGUAUCUUUUAGUGGUACAGGCUUUUAUUAUCAGACUCGUGGUCUAAAGCAUGGGAGAGCAAUUGUAGUAGCCACGUGUGCUGCUGUGGCAUCAAUUGUGACUGGUGUUCUUGCUGGUAUGCUUGCAUUAGGUGAACGGUUGCCUUCAGCACCAACAGCUCGUGUUUCACUUCUGCUUGGAUGGUUACUUAUUAUUAUAGGGGUGAUUUUACUUGUAUGUUCAUCACGGCUGGUGAGAUACCUUCCUUGGCCAUUACAGAAUUUCAUACCAAGUGGCAUUGAGAGGAGUUUCAGCACUAGACGAUCCGGGUCUGUCCGAAUUAGUGAUACUAGUCCAAGUGCUGUUAUCCAGGCGGCAACAUUGCAUCAUUUGAUAUCAUCUUCUCCUAAAGAGAAGGCUUGAACUGACAAUAGGGAGCAGAUUGUCAUGUACUUGAAUAUGUUAAGAUUUUGGUUGAUGUGCUUGUAGAUGACACUGAGUCACUCCUUCGGGGCUUUAAUGAGGGUGAGAUGUAUAGUACGAUCAUGUUUACUUGUUUUAGAGGGAGUGUAAUUUUGUAGGUCAUUCUUUCUAUAAGACAUCCAUUACUUGAUUUAUUGUAAAAUCCUUGUAACUUGAAACUC